GGGACGGGAAGCGGUUAUGUCGAUACCGGAAGCCGCAAUUUUGUUUGCUGUUGUAAAAAUAUUUAGAUUAUUUUUGUAAUCCUGCAACAUCCAAUUUAGAUGAUACAUUAAAUCAAAAACAUGUACCUGUACAACCUGACUCUUCAGAGAUCACAGGGCAUUGUAACUGCUAUUCAUGGCAAUUUUUCUGGAUCAAAACUGCAGGAAAUUGUUGUGUCUAGGGGCAAAGUUUUAGAACUUUUUCGCCAUGAUCCCAAUACUGGGAAGAUCUUCCCAGUUCUCUCAACUGAGGUUUUUGGAAUUGUUCGUUCAUUAAUGCCUUUUCGGCUAACUGGAGGCACUAAAGAUUAUGUUGUUGCUGGUUCAGACUCUGGAAGAAUUGUCAUUUUGGAGUAUAUUCCAUCUAAGAACAUGUUUGAAAGGGUGCACCAAGAAACAUUUGGAAAAAGUGGUUGCAGAAGAAUUGUGCCUGGACAGUACCUUGCGGUUGAUCCAAAAGGACGUGCAGUAAUGAUUGGUGCUGUAGAAAAGCAAAAAUUGGUCUACAUUUUGAACAGAGAUGCUCAAGCUCGUUUGACAAUAUCUUCCCCUUUAGAAGCUCAUAAAUCAAACACUCUUGUUUAUCACAUGGUUGGUGUUGAUGUUGGAUUUGAAAACCCAACAUUUGCAUGUUUGGAAAUUGACUAUGAGGAAGCUGAUACAGACCCUACAGGAGAAGCAGCUUUAAAGACACAACAACUAUUAACGUACUAUGAAUUAGAUCUUGGUUUAAAUCAUGUAGUGCGCAAAUACUCUGAACAACUUGAAGAGCAUGCAAAUUUUUUAAUAUCAGUUCCUGGUGGUCAUGAUGGUCCUAGUGGAGUUCUUAUUUGUUCAGAAAACUACAUAACUUACAAAAACUUGGGUGACCAACCAGAUAUUAGAUGUCCAAUACCCAGGAGACGGUGUGACCUUGAUGAUCCUGAGCGGGGAAUGAUAUUUGUUUGUAGUGCAACACAUAAGACUAAAUCCAUGUUUUUCUUUCUGGCUCAAACUGAACAAGGAGAUAUUUUUAAAAUCACGCUCGAGACUGAUGAAGAUAUGGUAACAGAAAUUCGUCUGAAAUACUUUGAUACUGUUCCAAUAGCCACAAGCAUGUGCGUGCUCAAGUCGGGUUUUUUGUUUGUUGCAGCGGAAUUUGGAAAUCAUCAUUUAUACCAGAUAGCACAUUUAGGUGAUGAUGAUGGUGAAAGAAUGUUCAGUAGUGCAAAUCCACUUGAAGAGGGAGAUACAUUUCAUUUUUCACCUAGAGAGCUUAAAAAUCUAGUGAUGGUUGAUGAGAUGGAUAGUCUGUCUCCAAUCAUAACUACACAGAUAGCUGAUUUGGCUAAUGAAGAUACGCCACAGCUGUACACACUAUGUGGCAGAGGACCUAGAUCUACUCUUCGUGUUCUUAGACAUGGUUUGGAAGUUUCAGAAAUGGCAGUUUCUGAACUUCCUGGUAAUCCUAAUGCUGUCUGGACAGUGAAGCGACACACUGAUGAUGACUAUGAUGCAUACAUUAUUGUAUCCUUCAUGAAUGCUACGCUAGUAUUGUCCAUUGGUGAAACAGUAGAAGAAGUUACAGAUUCUGGAUUUCUUGGAACCACUCCUACCAUUUCAAGUUCUCAACUUGGAGAUGAUGCUCUUGUGCAGAUUUAUCCUGAGGGUAUUCGCCAUAUCCGUUCAGAUAAGCGUGUAAAUGAAUGGAAAACCCCUGGUAAAAAGAAUAUUGUUAAGUGUGCUGUAAACCAGAGACAAGUUGUGAUUGCAUUGACUGGUGGAGAGCUGGUGUAUUUUGAGAUGGAUCCGACAGGGCAACUGAAUGAAUAUACAGAAAGAAAAGAGAUGUCUAGCAACGUUGUAUGCAUGGCUCUUGGAAGAGUUCCAGCUGGAGAGCUGAGAUCUAGGUUUCUUGCUGUUGGCCUUUCUGAUAACACUGUUAGAAUUAUUUCCCUGGAUCCAAAUGAUUGUUUAUCACCUCUGAGUAUGCAAGCCCUUCCUGCACCACCUGAAUCACUUUGCAUUAUAGAAAUGGGAGGAACUGAAGCAAAAGAAGAAACUGGAGAGACUGCUACUGCUGGUGGAAUCUAUCUUAACAUAGGCCUUCAGAAUGGUGUAUUACUUCGAACUGUACUAGACACAGUUACAGGGGAUCUGUCUGAUACUAGAACACGUUAUCUAGGAUCAAGACCUGUUAAGCUGUUUAGAAUAUCAAUGCAAGGCUCUGAAGCUGUUCUUGCUAUGUCCAGUCGUACAUGGCUGAGUUAUACAUACCAAAGUAGAUUUCACUUGACGCCGUUAUCCUAUGAGACACUAGAAUAUGCUUCUGGUUUUGCAUCCGAACAAUGUCCGGAGGGCAUUGUUGCUAUUUCUACAAAUACUUUAAGGAUUUUGGCAUUGGAAAAAUUAGGGGCCGUAUUUAACCAAGUUGCUUGGCCGUUGCAAUACACUCCUCGUAAAUUCGUCAUUCACCCUGAAUCAAAUAAUCUGAUAAUAAUUGAAACAGACCAUAAUGCUUAUACAGAGGAAACAAAGCAACUAAGAAAACAACACAUGGCAGAAGAAUUAAUUGAGGCAGCAGAUGAAGAUGAACGUGAAUUGGCUGCAGAAAUGGCUGCUCAGUUUUUAAAUGAAGAUCGUCCAGAAACUAUUUUUGGAGCUCCUAAAGCUGGUUUGGGAAUGUGGGCAUCUGUUGUUCGCAUUAUAAAUCCUAUUACUGGUGAAAAUCUUGAGAAAAUCUCUUUAGAUCAGAACGAGGCUGCUCAUAGUGUUGCUUUAGUCAAAUUUUCCUGCAGACCAGAUGACACAAUACUGAUUGUUGGAAUUGCUAAGGAUUUGGUUCUCAAUCCACGGUCUGUAACUGGGGGAGAGCUUCUUACAUACCAGGUAACUGAAAAUGGAACAAAACUUGAACUACUUCACAAGACACCUGUUGAAGACAUUCCCGGCGCUAUAACCCCCUUUCAAGGACGUGUUCUCAUUGGUGUUGGAAAGUUUUUAAGGAUAUAUGAUCUUGGAAAAAAGAAAUUGUUACGAAAAUGUGAAAACAAGCAUAUUCCUAACUUUGUUGUUAGCAUUCAUGCAAUGGGCAACAGAGUAAUAGUUGGUGAUGUUCAAGAAAGUUUCCAUUUUGUACGAUAUCGAAGACCUGAAAACCAGCUCAUUGUCUUUUGUGAUGACACUAACCCCCGUUGGAUUACUUGUUCCUUUAUGCUUGAUUAUAACACUGUUGCUGGUGCUGACAAGUUUGGUAAUAUAACUGUAAUCAGAUUACCGUCUGAAGUGAGUGAUGAUGUUGAUGAAGAUCCUACUGGAAAUAAAGCCCUAUGGGAUAGAGGAUUAUUAAAUGGUGCUUCUCAGAAGGCAGACAUCAUAGCAAAUUUUCAUGUGGGAGAAGUUGUAACAUCUUUGCAGAAAGCAACACUAAUUCCAGGAGGUUCAGAAUCUUUAGUUUAUACAACAUUAUCAGGCAGUGUUGGCAUGUUAGUGCCAUUUACAUCUCAUGAGGAUCAAGAUUUUUUUCAACAUUUGGAAAUGUACAUGAGACAAGAGUAUCCUUCACUUUGUGGAAGAGACCAUCUGGCAUUUAGAUCUUACUAUUUUCCUGUCAAGAAUGUCAUUGAUGGCGAUUUGUGUGAAGUUUUUAAUUCAAUGGAACCUAGUAAACAAAAAUCCAUAGCUGAAGAAUUAGAAGAUCGCAGUGCUAAUGAGGUUUCCAAAAAAUUGGAAGACAUAAGAACAAGAUAUGCCUUUUAAGUUUUUUACCAUGUGUACUUUUAAUUGUUAUAUUGUCUAUUUUUUAAGCUAAGUGGUCCAGUGUUGUUAUAAUGUAACAAUAUUAUAAACACAAUCAUUACAACUUUUUAAGAAAUCUUUAUUUUGUGAUUUAUUCAGCUUAAGAGCAAAAUUGUUUCUAGUAACACUUUUUUUAAUGUGAAAAGUGAUAAUUUGUUGAAAGUAUUUAACACUUGUUUUGUAGGAUACCAGUAAUGUUUACUGUACAGAUAUUUUGUGUAUUAUGUAUUUAUUGCUGAUUUUAAAAUAAAAUUGUCAUUUCAUUUAUACAAUGUCUCUGUAAAUAAAAUUUUCAAU